GCAAAGCACGCUGGGUGGAGUGGUCCCUUCCCUUUAAGGAGUUUCGACGGAAGUGGUGGCGAAUGCAACCUGAUCCCUUGGUGAAAUGCAGAGGUCCUGGAGCGGGAGGUUGUGUUUGCAGAUACACACAGGAGGUGGAAAGCGGCCCGGAGCUGAGCCCAGCGCAAACAGCAUGUGAGCACGGGAACACCGCAACAGUAAUAGGGGCACUGAGUAUCACCUCCACACACACACAGAUACAUCUGGAUACAAACUUUCUAUAAUCUUCCCAACCUCUCAAACCAAUGGAACCUAUCACCAAGUGGACGCCGAAACAAGUGGUGGAGUGGAUUAAAGGGCUGGAUGAUUGCUUACAGUGUUACGUUUGCAACUUUGAGCGAGAGAAGAUAAAUGGUGAGCAGCUCCUACAGAUUACUCACCAGGACCUUGAAGAAUUAGGAGUAAUUCGCAUCGGUCACCAAGAACUGAUCCUGGAAGCUGUGGAUCUGCUUUGUGCUUUGAAUUAUGGAUUGGAAACAGAAAGCAUGAAGAAGUUGGCCCUGAAAUUACGGGCUUCUACCAGUGGCCUUCAGAAUUUUAUCAGCAGUAGAAGAAAAAACACUGCUUAUGAUGGCACUUCUCGCAAACCUCCCAAUGAUUUCCUUACCUCAGUAGUGGACCUUAUUGCAGCUGCUAAGGCCUUGUUGGCAUGGUUGGACAGAUCACCAUUUACAGGGAUCAGUGAUUACUCAGUGAUGAAAAAUAAGAUUAUACAACUGUGCUUGAAUUUAACAACAAUUGUUCAACAGAACUCCACUGUUCUUGAAAUGGAAGAUGGUGUUAUUAAUGUUUGUAAAGUUCUGAAUGGUAUUUGUGAUCAGACUAUCAGAUCUGCAUCUGAUCCUUUGUUAAGCCAGAGUGCUUGUCUAGAGGAGGUUCAGUUGAGAAACAUCAAACCAAGCGAAGGAUUGGGAAUGUAUAUUAAAUCAACAUAUGAUGGACUGCAUGUUGUUACUGGUACAACAGAAAAUUCGCCUGCUGAUCGAUCGCGUAAGAUUCACGCUGGUGAUGAGGUGAUUCAGGUUAAUCAGCAAACUGUGGUUGGGUGGCAGUUGAAAAAUCUUGUUGGAAAGCUCCGCGAAGAUCCUAUAGGUGUUGUGCUUUUGUUGAAAAAACGGCCAGCAAACACAUGCAAUUUUACUCCUGCUCCUCUGAAGAAUAUGCGCUGGAAACCACCAGCUGUUCAGACCAGCCCGUCACAAACUGCAACUCCAUCUACAGCCAGCACAAUGGAGAUGUCUCAAAAGAAAGAAAAACCUGCUAUUAAGGAUUUGUACAUCCCACCACCACCAGCUGUUCCAUAUACGCCACGAAAUAACCAGGGUGACCUGGAUUAUGAAGAGGUCAGCAAGCAUGGACCAGUCAGGCCUGUACCAAAGGGUUCUGAGUCACCCAAUUCUUUCCUUGAUCAAGAAUAUCAGAGGCGGCGGUUUACCAUUGCAGAAUAUGAUCAAUUGCCCCCAUAUGCAUUUGAAGUGCCUAAACCCACCAGGAUGCGGGAUAAGACACAGCAAUAUGGAAGACCACGACCUCUGUCAAUGCCGGUGAGUGGGAGCUGGAUGGCUGCAGUUGAAGCUUGUUCAAGGCCCAGAGUGGAAGGAAGGAAAGGGGGUGACUAUCUCUACAGAUACUUCAGCAAUGAUAGGAUUCCACCAAUCAAUGAAGAUUGUGCUGCAGCACAUAUUUCUCAACCAGCCGCUGGCAGACACUCUGGAAGGGCUGUGAGCGGGAGGUAUUCUGUCAGCCCUGAACCUCUCAAUAGUGUGGUAUUCCCUAAUCAGCAAGACAGACCCCAAAAAAGCAGACAUUCACCAGAUAAAAGCUCAUCAGCACAUUCAACGCCAAAGAUACCUGAAGAACUGUGAUCAAGAAAAUCCGAUAUUCAGAUUUCAGUUCCUCAGAAGGUCAUUGAUUAUCCUGAGUUGUGAUCUAUGUCUGCUCAUUCCCAGCUCAUAAGACCACAAUCAAAAUGUUGUUCUGGAGGAACUAGAUGCAAUGGAUGAUAGAACUGACUAAAAUAAACUUUUCUUUAAAAAAAAUUCUUAUUCCCUUUCCACUGCUUAAUGUGCAGCUACUUCAGCAGUGAGGUAAUUGAACUGUACAAAUACGUAAAGAAAUUUUAUAAAACAAAAAUAAUCUCAACCAAAGUUUGGAAUGCACACUAAGUGUAUGGAGUGUUUGUCUCAUUCAGCCAAUGAGCUCUAGUUCAGAGCAUCUGGGCAAUUUCCUGUGAUAUGAAUGGAAAUAUACAUCAUGUAAUGAAAUGAGACAUCUGUACAAAUCUGGUCAAGAAAAAUGGUGUGCAUCUCUAUAGUGGUGACUUUAAUGAUCGGGAAUUUCAAGGUUUAGCCUAGAAGUGCAGUUAAAUGAGACACAAACCUGCAUGUGCAGUUUACUUGCCAAAUAGAUAAUGAUUCAUCUGGAUUACUGGAUUGUGUAGAUUUACAACUAUUUGGAUGUUAAUAGAGUAUUUAAAUAUAUAUAAAAAUGCCUUACGGUUUUGUUUUUAACUUGUAUUAAUGUACAAUAUUCAAUGGUCUACCACGGCUAUCAGUGUAUAAACUAAUUUGUAAUACGUGUGUUGAUAGAAAGAGUUCUGUGACAUGCCCCUUUGCUUAAAUUGGCAAAAUUUGCACAAGAAAGGCAUACAAAUAUUUAUAUGCAAAGUUUCUGGCUGCCUAUAGUGUUUUUUUUAAAAAAACAUCUCCCCAACAAAUUUCAUUUCUAGAACAAGGGGAGUGGAAAUGUUUCAGGGAGCCAGUGUCUAUACACAUUUAUUUUGGGCUGAAAGAAAUGAGGCAGUUAUGGAGUUAAAACAUAGAUUUGCAUUUUAAAUAUCAUUUGGAAAGAUUAACACAUUGCAGAGUGUAAAUAACUGUGACAUUACUUUGUCUUUGUUUAAAACAUGGUGUUAAUACUUGCAGGAUUACUGAUUAAAGGUGCAGUUUCUUUUCAAAAA